AAAGGGGCUGAGCGUACAGUCGACUCCGUUGUUUUGGUGCGAGUAGCUGUGUUUCUGAGGUGAUACGACCGUACGCAGACUUCUUCCUCCACAUUAUUUAGACUAGGGUAGCUCGUCAGUUGCUACUUUUACCGAUCGAGUCGCUUUGGGACAAAAAGCGACUUGAUUUUAGCCGAUACGAGCCCUCUUUUGUGAACUCAGGUCGAAAGGGAUGCCGCUGCAGACAGACUCCGACGGACGCCAGCAGUCUUUGGAUUUAAUCUCGUCGCAUUUGAUCGGGAAAAGCAGUUUUUCUAUAAAUUUAAAAGGCCUCAGAAUAACUCACCCUCGACCGAGUGCUUGUGUAAGAUGUUUAAGCCGGAAUUAAAAGCGUGAAUGUGCCUAUAAAUACACAUUUUAGUCCCUUCUUCUUCUCCUUGAGAGACGAUAAAUACGGGCGCUAGCUUAACUGCUACCGUUACAACAAAGCGGGAUCGGUAAUCUUUUUUUUUUAUCCGCUUCGAGAAACGGAGAAGGGUCCUGACCUUUGAACCCGCCGCUGUGCAGACCCCGGGGGUGAACACACUGCUCGACGACAAUGAAACUGUUGGAGAACUCCAGCUUUGAAGCCCUCAGCUCGCGGCUGUGUGUUGAAACGGGAGAGUCUCGCAUCCUCGGCAGGAUGGAGAGCUACUCCUGUAAGAUGGCAGGGGACGACAAACACAUGUUCAAGCAGUUCUGCCAGGAGGGGGAGCCACACGUCCUGGAGGCCCUCUCUCCCCCUCAGUCCACCAGCGCCACCAGCCCUUCACAGCUGGGGAAGAGCAGCGAGGACGGGGAGAACCCUCUGAGUGACAAGUGUUGCAGGAAGACUCUUUUCUACCUCAUCACAACGCUCAACGAGUCCUUCAGGCCGGACUAUGACUUCAGCGCCGCGCGGGCCCACGAGUUCAGCAGGGAGCCCAGCCUCAACUGGGUUGCUAACGCAGUAAACGGCAGCUUGUUCUCAGCUGUGGGGGAGGAGUUCAACUCUCUGGGGCCGGAGCUGUGGAACGCCAUCGACCAAGAGAUCAACCUGCAGGGCUGUGACAUUUACAGCUACAAUCCCGAUCUGGACUCGGACCCUUUUGGUGAAGAAGGGAGUCUCUGGUCCUUCAACUACUUCUUCUACAACAAGAAACUGAAGAGGAUUGUAUUCUUCACAUGUCGCUCAGUCAGCGUCCUGAGUGGCUACGGCCGCGAUUGUCUCGACAACGAGCUGGACAUGGAGCUGGAUGACGAGGAGGAGAUGGACGGCUUCACUGAGGACAGGUUCCCCAGAGCUCUGUGCGUGUGAAUUCCCCCGAUGGACACGCCUCAGCCAAAGAAUAUCUAGGCUUUUCCUCCUCUCUUCCAUUUUUCGCCCCAUAUUCCUUUUUUUGUUGUUGUUUUUGAGAUUUCGCCUCAUCCAAAGCCAUUUUCACACAUUAAACUAGUGCAUGUUUGAAGGCUUCUCUUCCGCUGGCAGUGAAGUGUGUGGACCGCGAGGCGGUGGACAUUUUGUAAAGACCCCGCGGUAACUUUUAAGCUCCUUCAUUCUCCAGUAUGUUUUGGUUUCUUUUUAUAUUUUUGAAGCUCUAAGCCCAAACAGCACACAUAUAUACUCACAGGCUUCUCCACACCUGCCACACUUUCCAAAGAGACCACUUCAUGAACACUUGAGAAGAAGAAGAAGGUCUUGUUAACGGAUGAGUGGCCAACAAAGACUGCAAAUGAUGUCAAAAAAAGUCCAGAUAACACCAGCAUCAAUGAGAACUGACACAGAUUUAUGAUAUUCCAACAUGGGCUGAGCUGAGUCCCUGAACGCACCAGUUCGGGACUGACUCUCCGAUCAGCUGAGAACUCAUCUGUUGUUCAUUGUUUGCUAUUUUUUGUGUGUUGAUUUUUAUGUGACAGUGACGUUACUGUGAGAAUGUUUUUAGCACUGAGUUUGAAAUCUAAAAAAAAAAACCGCUGCAUUUAUAUCUGAAACUUGUGUUAUUGAAUCUUAUCAUUAACGCUCGUCUGUACUUCUUUAGACAGUAGGGGCAUUGCCAAGGAAACCAUUGGCACCUGGGUUGCAGCUUAGAAAACGUAUCAGCUUUUAACAGAUGUCCCAUUGUUUUCUUCUCAAUCCACUAUUUUCCGAUUCCAUGAUUCAUUUUAUACGUCGUUUAAAUCCAGUAUUUUUUCACUGUGCCCCCCCCCCCCAACUCGUUCCCAGUUAACCCUGAUUUCUAAAUGUUGGUCUUGCCAGUGUUUUUCUUUGCUCAUUACCUCAGUGCAAAGGCUUCAUUGAAAAGUGAAUGUAUAGUUCAGUUUAGAGGAAAAAAACGGCAGUUAUGUUUUACUUUUUAUUUUCUAGAAAUCGAGAAGCUCCUCUUAUGUUCCUUACAAAGUGGGUAGGAGUUCUGUGACUUUUCUUGACUGCUCUGUGCUUCGUUUAAUCGGCCGAUAUAUUGCAGAUGUGAAUAAACUGGUGUUUGAAUCAGA